AUGUCCCCCAAACCUCCCAUCAUCCAGCAUGUAUACGAUAAUACCAAGUCCAUGUUAACCGAUUUCACCCUCACAUCGUUUCCUCCUCCUUACUCUGAAAAACCCGAGCCACUCGAUGCUUGGAGUGUCAUGAAAAGCGAGCUCUACGAGACGAUGGCGCAACUCCAGCAAAGUGUUCAUGAUACUCAGAUGAUGAUCGAAAAAAUGCACACUCGUUUCUCUAGUUUGGACGAUUCGGAUGAUCUGAUUCGACAACUUAACCAAUCAUUAGAAGACAUGAUCACCGAAGCACAAAUGUCACUCGAGUCACCUAUUCCUUUCGAAUCCCGCCAUACCCCACACGACCGAUAUUUCCCUUUCACCAACGACGAAAACGAAAACGACCAUCAUUCACAGCAAAUAUCACGUAGCACCGCCAUAGAAAAACGCCAUCAAAAAUACCUUGCCAGUCAAGAGCGACUGAAUGCCACAAUCACCAAGCUCAUGGAUGCCAUUCAGGACGCGUCUCCAACAGCGUGCGCUGUGGAGCUUUUACGGCUGACAGAUGCACCUCGGUUAGCCAAAUUGCCUCAUACCAUCAUCCAAUAUUACAAAUCUUCUUUGCAGGCAGCUUCGUCGUUGCUCCAUUGUAUUCCCGCCCCAUCACCGUAUUUCCGAUUAAAACCCAGCGAGUAUUACGCAUCGUACAGCAUCUGUCACGAAUCAAGUACCGAUGGUUACGCCGCGUAG